AUGAACACUAUUAGAUCUACCUGGGUUGGCUGGGGUGCUCUUUGUGUCGCCGGCGGCGGGGCCUACUACUUUGCCAAACAAUCCAUCAACGCCGACCGCACCGCUCGGUUCGACACCGAAGUUAAGCGUAAGGCCCAACUCAAGGCCCAGGAAGCCGAGCACCGGCGGCAAGCGAUCUCGACCUCCACGCCGGCCCCGAGCGACGAUGCCAGCUUGAAGCGAGCGAAUAUGGCCCGUUUUCAGAACGCCGCGGACGACGUGGCUUCUCCCAGUGCGGAGGCAUCCCACGAUCCAGCUCCGACCCGCCAUGAGCCCAUGACGGAGACCGACCGAGUGCACGAGAAGGGGAAAUACGAAGCAGCAGCUCCGUUUCGACCUCCCAGUGGAAACCGAUUCAGUUAA